AUGGACGCAUCGUCCAUUAUAACUCAGGUGUCACGGGAUGACGAGCAAUUAAACAAUUAUGGAUCCGACAGAGGGUCAUCCCCUGGCGGCCAACAUAAUGAGGGGGAUGUUACGCCGGUGUCGGGGUCAGCCCCAUUGGGUAGUAAGAAGUCAAGCGGUGGCGGCGGGUUCCUCCGGUCCCUGCUGUGCUGCUGGCGUGGCGGACGAGGCAAGGGUCCGCCCGGCAGUAAUGGCGCGAACAGCAUCGAUGGCCGGGCCUCGCCGCUCCCGCAGGAGCGGGGGCUGCUGGUCAUGGACCACACCGCCCCGCGACCACUAUUACCCCCAGUGAAACACCAGGACAUGCAUAAAAAGUGUAUGGUCAUUGAUCUCGACGAGACAUUAGUUCACAGCUCAUUCAAGCCGAUAAACAACGCGGACUUCGUGGUCCCCGUGGAGAUCGAUGGCGCAGUGCACCAGGUGUACGUCCUGAAGCGGCCGCACGUCGACGAAUUCCUGCGGCGCUGUGGUGAACUCUACGAGUGUGUUCUGUUCACCGCAUCGCUUGCUAAAUACGCCGAUCCUGUUGCUGAUCUAUUGGACAGAUGGGGCGUGUUCCGAGCGCGAUUGUUCCGCGACAGUUGCGUCUUCCACCGCGGCAACUACGUCAAAGACCUGAACAGUCUCGGACGCGACCUGCGGCGUGUCGUCAUCGUCGACAACUCUCCCGCCUCCUAUAUAUUCCAUCCGGAUAAUGCUGUACCUGUCGCGUCAUGGUUCGACGACAUGACAGAUUCAGAACUUUUGGACUUGAUACCGUUUUUCGAGAAACUAGCUAAGGUGGACAGUGUAUACACAGUGUUGCGGAACUCGAACCACCCGUACAACCCGACGGCCAACAGCUCGCCCGGCACAUAG